AUGAACCACGCACGCGUCAAGGCCCUCAAGGGCGCGGGAAAGACGGUGUCGAGAAAGGCGCAAAAGUCGGGUCGCGCCUCGGGUGCCCUGACGCCGCAGGGGGCCUCGCCGAUGCCCUCCCUCCUGACGUCGCCGGCUCGCUCGGCCGUGCCCAGCCGUGUUGCGUCGGAUGCGAGCGACGACGAGGAUGAUGGCGAUUUCGAGCUCGACGACAUGACGUCGAGCAUCCACUCGGCCGGCUCCGGCACCGACGCCGCCGCCGACGUGGCCGGCUCGUUCGACGUCAAGGCCCUCAUCGAGGGUCUCGAGGACAAGAAGCACAACAACGCCGACGUUCGCGAGCAGUACCUCCAGACGUACAUCAAGGUCAUGCGCACGCGGUACGCGCCCGAAACCCACCAGUGGCUGGACCCCUCGGUCGCCACGCUGGCCGAGAUAUUCCUCAAGAACUCGAACCGCGGGGCCACGGCCACCGAACGGCUGCUGAGCCUGCAGUCCUACUGCCUGACCGUCGGCACCGUCGAGGACGUGGACGUCGUCGAGGCCGGCAGCCGGAUCCUGAAGCAGAUCCUGACGGACGAGGACGACGAAGAGUGCCGCGUCUUCGCCGUGUACGCGCUCUGCAUGACCGUGCUGUACGGCGGAGGCGGCGAGGAGGCCGCCAUCGACCUCAUGGAGUACCUCGUCGAGAUUGUCCAGACGGACGGGGACAGCAUCGAGGCCCACGACAACGCGACGGUCGUGUCGGCCGCGCUCCAGGGCUGGGCCUUUGUCGCCAGCCACGUCGAGGACUACUCGGACUACGCCGACGCGGCCAUGGAUGCCUUUGUCGACCAGCUCGACAGCUCCGACGUCGACGUGCAGUCCAACGCGGCCCAGUGCAUCGCCCUCAUCUACGAGUCGUCGAGGAAUCACGAGCACGAGACGGGGAAGCCGUUCCAGCUCGCCUACGACCCGCGAAGGCUCUCGGGCAGGAUCGGCGAGCUCGCCAAGCUGAGCGCAAAGUCGGUGUCGAAAAAGUCCCGACGCGACCUCCGCGAGAGCCUCACGAGCGUCGUGACGUCGCUCGAACGCGCCGUCGGCCCGUACUACUCGACGGCGCUCUACAUUCCGGAAAAGGACACGUUCGUGCCGCCCUCGCUCCGGACCGACGACGGCAGGGCCGAGUACGGCUACCGGUGCAAGCUCCGACUCGGCAACGUCGUCGCCACCAUCGACACAUGGUCGCUCUUUUCGAGGGUGAACAUGCUCAAGACCUUCUUCCGAGCCGGCCUCCAGCGGCACGUUUUCGUGAACCCCGUCGUCAUGGAGUGUCUCGAGGACGCCGAUUGGGGAGAGUCGCACGCCACCGACGAGGCGGAGCGGAAGCAGAAGCUCUCGGCCAAGUCUCGCAAACGAUGA